AUGUGUUCGGGAUACUUUCGCGGGAAAGACGUUUUCGAUCCAGAAGUGGUCAAUGUACGAUAUGAUAUGCCAUCCGCUGUACAAGUCGUGCUUGGUUGUGAGGAUGGGAAUAUAUACAUAAUGGAAGAUUAUAUGAUACAUAAUAUGUUGAAAAUAGACAAUCCAAUUACGGAUGUCAAAAGAUUCAGACCACAUGAUUUGGAAAGCACUGAAACAGACUUUUUAGUUUGCAUUGGACAUUUUAAUGAAGUCCGAAUCUUUAAAGAUUGCGAGCUUUUCCGUUCCAUCAUAACAGACGAUUUAGUCUCUACUAUUGAUAUUGGUGAUACUAAUAAUGAUGGUCGUCCUGAGCUAAUAAUUGGAAUGUUGAAUAAUACAAUAGAGGUUUAUGGCUACGAUGAUGAUGAGGAUGGUAACAAACCAUCAAUGAGAUGA